AUGGAAGGUCACAAGAUGUUUUCAGAGGUAGAGAUGACUCGGGACGUGGCUAUAUGUAGCAAAGACUUGAAGAGCCAAUCGCCACCACACCAUCAGAUUCUAUCGAGACUACUCGAAGAUCUCAUGUGCGAGUCAGCUAGCAAGGAACACGGGUUCCAUCUCGGCAUCACCGCCGUUAAAAGCAUCGGUAACAACAAGAACAAGAACGAUGACGACCAUCAUCAAAAACAGGUCCUCACAUUCCCGGUCUCCUUCACAUGCCGCACAUUCAUGCCUGUGGAAGGAGAUGUCUUGCAAGGUGUUGUGUACAAAGUGUAUUCGAACGGAGCUUUUAUCAGACCAGGCCCACUCAGACACGCGUACCUCCCGGCCGUGAAAAUGCCGGCUUACCGGUAUUUCCCGGCGGGUUCUGAGGAGGAGAAGGCGUGUUUUCGGAGAGAAGAUCUCACCAAGAUAGCUGCUGGAGUAGUUGUGCGGUUUAAGGUUUUGGCCGUGCGGUUUGUGGAAAGUAGACCGCACGAAAAAGGAAACGAUGUGCACGUUCUGGUGACUUUGGAAGACGAUGAUGAUACACUUGGUCCUAUCUCUCUCGCAGGACCCGAUGACCCGUACAUGUGACUGUUGUAAGUCAAGGUUGAAGUCUUUUGAUACAUGUUGGUUUUAGGUUAAUCUCAGUUUCGUAUAGGUGAACAAACUCAUCUCUCUCUCUCUCUAAUUUACAGGUAACUUCUCUCUUUUAUUCCCUUUAUUUUUGAUACAUGUUGAAACCAAUUUGAAAUAUACAUGUAUAUUCGAUACAUUUGUAAUGCGUACUCAUUGAUUCUAUGGUUUACCUUUACGUACUCAUUGAUUCUAUG